UAGUAACGCUUACUUCCGCUGUGCUGCUCGUCCUGACUCUACCGUUGUUGAUGCUAGUGAAAAAGCAAACAUGAGCGUGCUAAGCGAUGGCCGAAACGAAAUUCCUGUCGGUAAUUCAAACGCUAAAUGUCUUCUGGAAAACUGGGUGGAGGAAAGAGCUGUGAAAGACAUCGAUCCAGAUGUCAAAAUUGGAGGAGAAGUCACCAGCCUAGCUAAAGAGCUACGCCAUGGUCAUCGAGGAGUCCUAUCUGCAGACUUCAAUGCCAGAUGUGAAAACAAAACUAUUCACCGUAUCUCUUAUACACCACCAGAAAUUACAUCUGUCAGACAGACAGGAAGAAGAAAAGAACUAAUGAGGAGAAUGCUGUUUGCCCAAAUAUGUGAAGAGAAGAAAGUGGGACCAGAACCAGAACCAGAACCGACUGACUUCCGUUCUGUGAAAAUGGUCGACUAUGACUUUGAAUUUGAAUCAAAGCCACCUGCACCCACAAGAGAUCACAAUUACAGAACAGAACAACCAGUGACAUUUUGGACUGAGCACAAGGAUAAACUACAUGGUGUAACUCAAAUAAAGACAAGAGAUACAGUUUUUCGUCGAAAUGAUGCUUUCACUAAACCCAUUGAAGAAUACUGGAAUGAACCCAAGCCCUAUGAAUUGGAAGAUUAUCCUAAAAUGUGAUUGGAUUUUGAUGAACAUGUGUUAGUACCACAAAAUUUGAACAGUUUUUACAUAUUUGUAGAAUUAUUUUGUCACUAAAAACAUGUAAAAGCAUAAAAAUUGCUUAUUUUCCUCAAUCUUUAGGGUAUCCAAAGCAUGAAACACUGUCUUAAUUCAUUUUAUUUAUAUACAGUCUCAGAACAGAGGUGCAGGGAAAAAGGCAAUAGGUAGGGUGAAUUUGAAAGCAAAUGAUCUUUAACAUCAACAUCUGGAAUUGGAACAUUCCAGUGCUGACCAACAGCGUACCAAUCACUUCUCAGCAAUAUUCUUCUGUUCAUGUAAAUGUACCCAAAAUUUUAUGAAAAUGUGUCCAUGCACUUGCUUGAAUUUUAUUUGUUCAAUGCAGUAAAUAUUAUAACAGAUGUAAGUGGUUUAGACUGUUGAAUUGGAGCCAAAGCCACAAAUGCAUUCAGAUAUGUCAAAACUUCACAAAUAUUUUCAAAACAUCUUUGUAUUUAUUCUACUGAUUUUCAAUUCUAACAAAAGGCUAAAUAAAGAACACUUUGGGAGGUCAAUGAGAAUACUAGAACAGCUGUCAAAUCACCUUAUAAUAAUUCAGCAACACAGUGUAGUUCUACCUAGUCUGAGUUGAAAAUUUACAUUGC